CGGCAAUAUCUCACUCCGAGUCACGUCGCAUUUGCGAGUUAAAAAUGACAAUGUACACGAUAGUUCAUUAAGUCGCUGAACACGUUCGGUACAUGAGGAUCCUGGUCCGACUUGAUACUGAUGAUCAUCUUUGCAGUAGCCAAUGAGCAUGGCCAUGGGCUGCACCGUUUAUAACGGUAGGGUCGGUACAUGUUAUUCUCAAAGCCCAUUACACCGUCUCUCUUGCUUUUCCUUAUGGCGAUUCAGGCAGAUAUUCCACCUGAUCUUACCAACGAAGACAAAGCUCUCAUGUUUCAAAAUCUCGACGAUUACCUGAACUCCCAAAUUCUCCUCGCGCUAUUGCAUGGCAUAUACACCGGAAUUCUUGCUGUUACAUUGUGGAAUAUGUUCCUCAACAAAUGCAGGCCGUACCGACGAACCUUGGUCAUCGUCAUUAUUCUUCAUGUCCUGAUUACUAUCAAUUUUGCUGCCGAAUGGUCAUUUACACGCUCCGGAUUCAUCGAAAAUAGGCAAAGUUUUUGGACCGUAUUCUGGAAAAUUAACGGCCCGAACCAAGCAAUCAGUUGGGAGGCAGGUAUUCCAGCCACUAUAAGUACCAUUCUUGCAGACUCAUAUAUUAUUUGGUGCUGUUGGAUAGUCUGGGAACAGCGCUGGCUUAUUGUUCUGCUUCCAAUCCUUUUCCUAAUUUCUGCAACUGUGUCGAAAAUCAUUGUGAUAUAUUAUGAGUACUUCAAUCCAUUGAGUCCAGUAGUUACUGUAUUCCUGAGUCUCUACUUAUCUUCCAUCCUGGCUACAACAUUAUGGUGCACGCUGCUCAUCAUUUUCCGCAUUUUGACUGUUACUAGGGUUAGACACGGAGUAGGUGGCAGGCUGAGAGUUUUUCACUGUUUUAUUGAAGUGCUACUGGAAUCCUAUGCUCUCUAUUCGAUAGCUUCGAUCCUAAACUUGGCUUUCUACGUUCGCAGUGAUUUUAGAUCGUUUUACGCUGACAUAAUAGCUGGCAUUGUGAAGGUGCAUUCACUAUCCUGGACUCUCGUCAUUUAUCAACAUCUUGUGUAGGGAGUUGCACCCACACUCCUUGUUGGCAGAGCAGCGGCAGGACACACACAGCCAACCGAACAAUAUGAUGAAAGUGCGACGGUGUCGACCCUUCGUUUCCAGACGUCUUCACAAUCUUCUCAACCUUCGGAACCUUCCAUGGCAAACUUUCAGGA